AAAGAAGAGAGAGAGAGAGAGAGACAGAGAGAGAGAGAUCUAUUCUCUGCUCGUGCAGCGUCCCACUGAUUCCAACAUAAUGUCCCAGAAUUUGCCACGUGGCGUUCAUUACAAAAGAUUGCAGUACUGUUGUCCUUAGAGAAUCAUUAUCUCUCUCGCUGUAAUAUCAUAUCUUUAUGCUCCUGUCACUUUCUGUCUGUACUGUAUCCAAAAUAAGUAAAGAACCCUUUCUCUCUCAUCCUCCUUCCUCUCUCUGUUUCUUUCAUGUUUUAUGAGAGUUUUCUCAAACACUUUCUGCUCUUUGGUUUUUAUCUAGAUUGAGAAAAACGAGAUAGAGUAGAGAGAGUUGUGUUGUGUUGUGUUGGGCGUGGAACUUUCCACAGAUCAGGUGUAUCGAUCUUAUCUUUCAACUUCUGAUUCGUCCAGAAGCUUUUUCCUAAUCUGAGAUCUGACAUGGAACACCAAGGUUGGGGUUUUGAGGAGAAUUAUAGUUUGUCCACUAAUAGAAGAUCUAUAAGGCCACAAGAUGAACUUGUGGAGUUGUUGUGGCGAGAUGGGAAAGUGGUUCUGCAGAGCCAAACUCAUAGAGACCAAACCGAAACUCAAAAACAAGAUCAUCAUGAUGGAGCCCUAGGAUCCAACACCUUUCUUGAAGAUCAAGAAACUGUUUCUUGGAUCCAAUACCCUCCAGAUGAAGACCCAUUUGAAACCGACGACUUCUCCUCCCAUUUCUUCUCAACCGUCGAUCCCCUCCAGAGACCAACCUCAGAGACUGUUAAGCCUACGUCCGGUCCUGACCCACCUCAAGUCAUGGAUAAGCCUAAGGCCUGUCCUGACCCUCCUCAAGUCAUGCCUCCUCCUAAAUUUAGGUUAACCGAUUCAUCGUCAGGAAACAUGGAACUAGGGAAGGAACAGUACUCGGUGAUGACCGUUGGACUUAGCCAUUGCGAGAGCAACCCAUCCCAGAGCGAUCUCGAUGUCUCAACGAGUCAUGCUCGAAGCAAAAACAUCGAAGAAAAGAUUUAUCCGAAGGCAAGCUCCUCAUCAGGUGGCUCCUCAGGUUGCAGCUUUGGCAAGGAUAUCAAAGAAAUGGCUAGUGGAAGAAGCAUCACAACAGACCGUAAGAGAAAACACAUAAUGGACACUGAUGAAUCUGUGUCUCAAUCAGAUGCAAUAGGUAACAAGUCGAACCAACGAUCAGGAUCAACCCGAAGGAGCCGAGCAGCUGAAGUUCAUAAUCUCUCCGAAAGGAGGAGGAGAGAUAGGAUCAAUGAGAGAAUGAAGGCUUUGCAAGAACUAAUACCUCACUGCAGUAAAACCGACAAGGCUUCGAUUUUGGACGAAGCCAUAGACUAUUUGAAAUCACUUCAACUACAGCUUCAAGUGAUGUGGAUGGGAAGUGGAAUGACGGCGGCUCCGAUGAUGUUCCCCGGUGUACAGCCUCCACCGUUCAUGCGUCAGAUGCAGAUCCCGGUACAGUUACCUCGAUUCCCGGUUAUGGAUAGGUCCGCAAUUCAGAACAAUCCCGGUUUAGUUUGUCAGAAUCCGGUACAAAACCAGAUAUUCUCUGACCGGUUUGCUAGGUUCAUCGGUGGCUUUCCACAGAUGCAGGCCGCGUCUCAGCCGAUGGAGAUGUUGAGAUUUGGGUCACCGGCGGGACAGCAAAGUCAACAACAAUCGUCUGCGCCGACCAAGACCACCGAUGGUCCUCGUUUGGACCACUAGGUUUGGGGUGGCACUUCUUUCUUCUAUGUCUGGUAUGUUUGUGUUUUAAUAACUUUCUGAACAUAUAAUCAAAACGUUCAAGGAUGUAAUAUUAUUAUAGAGUACUGCUUUACGUUAUUUUCUGUAUAUGCGAGUUUUACUAUGUCAAAAUGACAUGAGAUUUUUUGUAAACAUGAUGUUAGAGAUAUAUAUGAGUUUUUGUAAUCAUAAAAACUUUGGAAUGCGA